AUGCAUCUGGCAGCUGGCGCGCGCAUGGCGCCCUUCGCCGGCUAUGAGAUGCCGCUGCGCUAUGCCGCGGGCGAUAUCGCCGAGCACCGGCAGGCGCGGCGCCUCGCUGCGCUCUUCGACGUGAGCCAUAUGGGCCAGGUUCGCCUCGCCGGACCGGGCGCGGAUGCGGCGCUGGAGCGGCUGGUGCCGGGUGACAUACAGGGUCUCGGCCCCGGACAGAUGCGCUAUACGCUGUUCACGAGUGACCGCGGCGGCAUUCUCGACGACCUGAUCGCGGCGCGCGCCAAAGACGGCCUGCGGCUGGUCGUCAACGCCGCGCGCAAGGAGCACGACAUCGCCCAUCUCAGCCGCCAUCUGAGCGGGGCGGUGGAUGUCGUGCCGGAACCAGACCGCGCGCUGCUGGCGCUUCAGGGGCCGGCGGCGGCAGACGUGCUCGCCGCCUGUGCGGACAUGGCCUUUAUGAGCUGGCGCGAGGCCGAGGUCUGCGGACUGCCCGUACGCGUCUCGCGUUCCGGCUAUACCGGGGAGGAUGGCUUCGAGCUUUCCGUGGCGGAAGAUGACGCCGAGGCGUUGGCCACGCGGCUGCUCGCCCAUGACGCGGUCGCUUGGGCGGGUCUUGGCGCCCGCGACUCGCUGCGGCUCGAGGCCGGCCUCUGCCUGUACGGCCACGACAUCGACGAGACGACGACCCCGAUCGAGGCCGGUCUCGGCUGGACCGUGGCGAAGCGCCGACGGCAGGAGCGCAACUUCCCGGGCGCGGCCCGCAUCCUCGACCACCCGCCCGCGCGCCGCCGCGUCGGCCUGCGCCCCGAGGACCGGGUCAUUGCGCGCGCGGAUACGGCGGUGCUGGACGCGGAUGGCGCCGCGGUCGGCCGCGUCACCAGCGGCGGCUUCGGUCCGACGCUCGGCGGCCCGAUCGCGAUGGGCUAUCUGCCGGCCGCGCUCGCCAAACCCGACACACCCGUUGCCUUCGACAUCCGCGGCAAGGUCCGGCCUGGCCGGGUCGCGUCCCUGCCCUUCAUUCCCCACAACUACAUCCGGAUCUGA